AUGGCUCAAGAUGCGCCGCCCUCGGGGGCCACCGACGCCGUGCUCAUGAAAUCUGAAGAAAUGCCCGCAGACGCCCAGCCAGUGGAAGAGCUCGACUUCAACAAGCUCAAGCGGCCCAUCACCGCAGAAGACCUAUACCUCGGCAUGCGACACAUGGGGUUUCAAGCAUCAAGCAUGGCUGAAGCUAUCCGCAUCAUAAACGACAUGGCAAACCCAGAAACAAACGACAAGACAACCAUCUUCCUAGGCUACACCUCCAACCUCAUCUCCUCCGGCCUCCGCGGCACCCUCCGCUGGCUCGUCGAGCACAAGCACGUCUCCGCCAUCGUCACCACCGCCGGCGGCAUAGAGGAAGACUUCAUUAAAUGCCUCGGAACCACAUACAUGGGCUCCUUCUCCUCGCCCGGCGCGGACCUCCGCAAAAAGGGCCUCAACCGCAUCGGCAACCUCGUCGUCCCCAACGCCAACUACUGUGCCUUCGAGGACUGGGUCGUGCCCAUCCUGGACAAGAUGCUCGAGGAGCAGGAGGCCAGCAAGGGCACCGACGAGGAGAUCAACUGGACGCCGUCCAAGGUGAUUCACAGGCUGGGCAGGGAGAUCAACGACGAGCGAUCCGUGUACUACUGGGCGUGGAAGAAUGACAUCCCUGUGUUUUGUCCGGCCUUGACGGACGGCAGUUUGGGGGAUAUGCUGUACUUUCAUACGUUUAAGGCGUCGCCGCUGCAGUUGAAGAUUGAUAUUGUGGAGGAUAUACGCAGAAUAAACACCAUUUCGGUGCGCGCUAAGAGGGUGGGCAUGAUCAUCUUGGGCGGCGGUGUUGUGAAGCAUCACAUUGCCAAUGCGUGUUUGAUGAGGAAUGGCGCAGAGAGCGCCGUUUACAUUAAUACGGCGCAAGAGUUUGACGGGAGCGAUGCUGGUGCUAGACCAGACGAGGCUGUUUCCUGGGGUAAGAUCAAAAUGGACGCAGACAACGUCAAGGUGUAUAUGGAGGCUACUGCUUGUUUCCCAUUUAUUGUUGCCAAUACCUUUGCCAAAGACAUAUAA